AUGUCAGCCAAUCAAGAAUCAACAAGCACCACAUCGGGUCACAGUAGUAAUCCACAUGUUUCUCACCAACCAGGUGAGAAACCAGCGGAAUCUUUGAAGCCAGCUGGCGGUGUCAGUACUGAAGGUAAUCGUGAAUUAACUGGCGGGACAACCCUACAUGGUAAAGAUUCAACAAAAGGCCACCAUCAACAAGGUGAAAAAUCAGCGGAGUCGUUGAAGCCAGCUGGCGGUGUUAGUACUGAAGGUAAUCGUGAAUCAACCGGUGGGGCCGUACAUGGGAAAGAUUCAUCAACAGGUCAUCACCAACAAACUGGAGUUCACGGAAGAACAGUUUAUACACAUGCUGCAGAAGGUGGAAGUCAUCAUGAUGUUAAAGACAAUGAUCAUAAACAUGAUGAUAAGAAUAAAAAGUAA